AUGCCUUCUAUGAACAAUCUUGAGUUUACUGUGAUCGUUUGCGUACAGCUGGUUCUGAUAUGCGUCCAUCUGUACUCGUUACCGGUCAUGUGCCAGGAAAGCUACGGUGGAGUCAGACAACGACGAACCGCGCAAGGGUCGGGACGUGCUGCGACUUGUGAAUGUGGAAGCGAGUCUGCAACCUUGACGUGUUCUGAUGAGCCAACAGAUUGUGAUGAUGGCGAGGUGUCACACGGAGGUUCCUGCUACAGAAUCAUCCGCGAUGACCUCAAGUCACGUGAUGAUGCCCAUAGGGAUUGCAUUGCGCGUAAUAGCCACCUAGUCUACAUCGAGUCAGAGGAGGAACAAACAUUCCUGUCGAAUCACUCAGAAUCUCUCGUCGGAAAUGGUAGCAGAAAAAAUGACGAUGUCAUGAAUCAUUACUGGAUUGGACUGAUCCCAACAAGCAGCAACGUGUGGCUGGAUGGUAACCAGACACGCAACGAUCUGUUUGAAUACUCUGACGGCAGUGCAGCUGGAUGUUUCUCUCUCUCUAAAUCCAACGGGAAUUUACGUUUGAGUGGGGAGAACUGUGAUGUGGAUCGCCAGUUCAUCUGUGAAUUUCCAUAUACAUGUACUAGCCCUCUUGAACAAUACUUCAACCACGACGGUUCCUGUUACUGGGUCGGUGGUCCUAUGAAGUCACACCUCUCGGCCCGAGGAGAUUGCAGUGAUAAGGGUGGUCAUCUGCUAUACAUCGAAUCACAAGACGAAUUGCGAUUCAUUAACAGUAGUGUUAUAAGUGAAGACGGAGUAGGAUACUGGAUAGGUCUGGCUACUCAGUACGCUUGGUUGGACGGUAGCCGAGCCAUCUAUCAAGGAAUCGUACAGACAGAUGCAAGCAACAAUGGUGGCAGCCUUUGCUUCAGAUUACGUGCCGAAAACGACUUUCUGUGGAAUGAUAUUGGGUGCAAUACAAACUACGCCUACAUAUGUGAGCGAGAACUACCUGUAAUUUCUUCCCAAGAAAUUCAAGAAAACCCAGAAGUUCCAUGCAGACCACCCGUCGCUGAUCUCAGUCGUCUUCUUGACUCCGUACCUCUGUGCGUCCGUAGUGACAGCCACUACUUCAACAACUCCGUUCUGUGUCAAUGUGAUGACGACGAAACUUGCAUCAGUGGCUGUGGCUGUGCACGUGACAACACUAUGGCCGGGUGA